UCAGGACGGCCACCGCGUCGUCGGGCGCGGAGCUGGGCCGGCCCCGGCAGCUGUCGCCCGCUUCGUAGCCCGAACCGCCGGUCCGCGCCCGUUCCCUUCGCCCUUCGCCCUUCGCCCCUCGCCUCGUCCGGCCCUCCGCGGCCCGGCGCCGGCGCGUUAUGCUGCCGUUGGCGCGUCCUGCGCGGCCCCGCUGAGUCUCGGAGCGGCGGCGAUCGCGGCUGGGGGUCACCAUGCCUACCCGAGUGUGUUGCUGCUGCUCCGCGUUGCGUCCUCGCUACAAGCGCCUGGUGGACAACAUAUUCCCCGAAGACCCCAAAGAUGGCCUUGUUAAGGCCGACAUGGAGAAACUGACGUUUUAUGCGGUGUCUGCCCCGGAGAAACUGGAUCGGAUCGGCUCUUACCUGGCGGAGAGGUUGAGCCGGGAUGUCGUCAGGCACCGCUCUGGGUACGUUUUAAUUGCCAUGGAGGCUUUGGACCAGCUUCUGAUGGCUUGCCACUCCCAAAGCAUCAAGCCAUUUGUAGAAAGCUUUCUUCAUAUGGUGGCAAAGCUUCUGGAAUCAGGGGAGCCAAAGCUUCAAGUCCUUGGAACAAAUUCUUUUGUCAAAUUUGCAAAUAUCGAAGAGGACACUCCGUCCUAUCACAGACGUUACGACUUCUUUGUGUCCCGCUUCAGUGCCAUGUGCCACUCCUGCCACAGCGAUCCCGAAACACGAACAGAAAUUCGAAUUGCUGGGAUCAGGGGUAUUCAAGGCGUGGUUCGCAAAACAGUUAAUGAUGAACUUCGGGCUACAAUUUGGGAACCCCAGCAUAUGGAUAAAAUUGUGCCGUCUCUGCUGUUCAACAUGCAGAAGAUAGAGGAGGUCGACAGCCGCAUAGGCCCUCCUGCCUCCCCCUCCGCGGCAGACAAGGAGGAGAAUCCCGCUGUGCUGGCUGAGAACUGUUUCCGCGAGCUGCUGGGCCGCGCGACCUUCGGGAACAUGAAUAACGCCGUCAGACCGGUGUUUGCGCAUUUAGAUCAUCACAAACUAUGGGAUCCUAAUGAGUUUGCGGUUCACUGCUUUAAAAUUAUAAUGUAUUCCAUUCAGGCUCAGUAUUCUCACCACGUGAUCCAGGAGAUUCUGGGGCACCUCGAUGCUCGCAAGAAAGACCCGCCCCGGGUUCGCGCCGGUAUUAUUCAGGUUCUGUUGGAGGCUGUCGCCAUCGCUGCUAAAGGCUCCAUAGGGCCCACGGUGCUGGAGGUGUUCAACACCCUGCUGAAGCACCUGCGCCUCAGCGUGGAGCUGGAAGCCAGUGACCUGCAGGAGGGGUCCGUGGGCAGUGCCGGCCUAAACACGGGCUCCAAAGACAACGAAGAGAAGAUUGUGCAGAAUGCUAUCAUCCAGACCAUAGGGUUUUUUGGCAGCAACCUGCCAGACUACCAGCGCUCGGAAAUCAUGAUGUUCAUCAUGGGGAAAGUGCCGGUGUUUGGGGCGUCCACCCACACCCUGGACGUCGGGCAGCUCGGGGACUUGGGGACCAGGAGGAUUCAGAUCAUGCUGCUGAGGUCUCUCCUUAUGGUCACCUCUGGCUACAAAGCCAAGACGAUUGUCACCGCGCUGCCUGGGUCCUUUCUGGACCCUCUGUUGUCAGCAUCCCUCAUGGAAGACUACGAGCUGAGACAGUUGGUCUUGGAAGUGAUGCACAACCUCAUGGAUCGCCAUGACAACAGGGCGAAGCUUCGAGGGAUCAGAAUAAUACCUGAUGUAGCUGACCUGAAGAUCAAAAGAGAAAAAAUUUGUAGACAAGACACAAGUUUUAUGAAAAAGAACGGGCAACAGCUAUACCGACACAUAUAUUUGGGCUGUAAAGAGGAAGACAAUGUUCAGAAAAACUAUGAGUUACUUUAUACUUCUCUUGCUCUUAUAACUAUCGAAUUGGCCAAUGAAGAAGUGGUUAUUGAUCUCAUUCGCUUAGCCAUUGCUCUGCAGGACAGCGCGAUCAUCAACGAGGACAGCCUGCCCAUGUUCCACCGCUGCGGGAUCAUGGCGCUGGUCGCCGCGUACCUCAACUUUGUGAGCCAGAUGAUCGCCGUGCCCGCUUUCUGCCAGCAUGUGUCCAAGGUUAUUGAAAUUCGAACUAUGGAAGCCCCUUACUUUCUGCCAGAGCACAUUUUCAGAGAUAAGUGCAUGCUCCCCAAAUCCCUGGAGAAGCACGACAAAAGUCUGUACUUCCUCACCAACAAGAUCGCAGAGUCCCUCGGGGGCAGCGGCUACAGCGUGGAGAGGCUGUCGGUGCCCUACGUGCCGCAGGUCACAGAUGAAGAUCGACUUUCUAGGAGAAAAAGCAUUGUGGACACAGUAUCCAUUCAAGUGGAUAUUUUACCCAGCAACGCCCCGUCGGACGAUGUGGUGAGUAACACUGAAGAAAUCACCUUUGAAACAUUAAAGAAAGCAAUUGAUACCAAUGGAAUGGAAGAGCAGGAGAAGGAAAAGAGGCGUCUCGUCAUUGAGAAAUUCCAGAAGGCACCUUUUGAAGAAAUAGCAGCGCAGUGCGAAUCCAAAGCAAAUUUACUUCACGACAGACUCACUCAAAUACUGGAGCUCACCAUACGUCCUCCCCCGAGCCCGUCGGGAACACUGACCAUCACCUCUGGGCAUGCCCAGUACCAGUCCGUCCCAGUCUACGAGAUGAAGUUCCCAGAUCUGUGUGUGUACUGAGUGGCUCAGGAAGACCUCAGCAGAGGAGUUGAAAGCCUAAAAUUCAAGGCCAGGCGGUUUGUUUCCAAGGUUUACUGAAUGCGUAUUAGCAUACCUCUUGAAAAUAACGACGGAACUGACCUUUGACCAAAUGCUUGGCACACCAUAUUAGAGACUUAGCAACUGUAUGUGAUUUAGAGUACUUUUGAAGGUAGAUUUAUGCCAUGUUAAUUUCUUUUGAAGUUCCUGUUGUCUUUUAAAGUUGAACAUGUAUCGGUCUCAAAAUUAUUUCAUUGUAAAACAGUGUAUUUUAAACUUUUCAAAAACAUGUAAUUUUUUUAAAGUAAGCCUUCGGAGGGUUGAAAGAUGUACGAUGUGUCUACUGUAUUCCUUAAACGUCUGCAUAACUGCUUGAAGUAGCACUGCUCUGGGUUCCGGCCAGCUGCGAAAGCAGACACACCCAAGGACGGCCCCGGGCCGCAGAACGGCUCGGGGGCUCCUCGCCCACGUGCCACGCGCCGUGGCGGGCUGGCGUCCCUGUAGUCGUUCGCCGUGGCGGUGCGUGAUGGGCGCCCCUCAGCCUGUGUGCGGCAGUGAGUUGCACUGGGAAUACUCACAGAGCCUGACCCUGAAGUCGCUGUGCUCUGAAGUGUCGCGCUGCUGUCAUGCUGUGUCUCCUGCCUGAGUCUGCGCAUCGACCGAGAGAGGGCGGACCGUGCAAUUCUGUUUACGCCCGUGUGCCCGUUUACAGACUGCGCUCUAGACUAGAGUCCUGUUCCGCUUUCGCUCCGUUCGUUAAACGAGCUCUCUAUUUACAGUGGCUCCUAGUUCACCUGUGAAGAGUGUACAUUUUGGUUUUUAUUAAGAGCACAUUAAUUUACACUUUUAUAUAUUGUGCAUUGUCUUAAAUCCUCAUCAUAGUCAGAAAACUACCGAAACGGACUCUGAGUUUGUUGGACCUGAACUGUAGCCGGUAUGCAUUUCCGUUGGGGGUUUGCUACAGGACGCCGGGGCGGGCGCCCGGAGGACUGGCCGUCGGAGGAAGCCCCUGUCGGCGGCGGAAGGUGCCCCGUGCACCUGUGCUGACACCCAUCGCGUGUGGACGGGCCCACGGUGUGUUCUUAAAACGAUUCGCGCUUCGGUGAGCCCCCUCACACGGCAGAACGAACAGCUUUCUCCGUGAGUGUUACCACAUUCUCUUCGAGCAUUUUUAUAAAUAACCUGUUUAUAGUUCUUCCUUUUCAGAUUUUAUUUCUUCAUAAUCCAAGAAUAUACCUAUCAAAAAUUGUAGCUCAGAAAAAAAAUUCCGUUUUUGGCUUUUGUUUUUGUUUGGAAAAUUGUAGUGAAGGAUGGCCUGGUACACCUUUAGGCUGAGGAUUAUUUGGGCACCCGUAGUGGAAACAGAAAAACGUAACGAAGCAUACUCAAAAAUUUCUGAGUAUUUAAACCGAAGGGCAGCGUCCUGAGACAAGUGGCAGAAGACUCCAGUCCCGCACGCCUGUCCAGGACACUCGGACGUGCGGGCGCUCCAGUCAAGGGCGGGGAGGGGGCUCGUCGCCCGAGUGACAGGGCUGUCCCCGCCGGGGUGCAGGCCCGCUGCCUCCGUCACUGCACUGGUUUCUCGGUCGGCUGAAGUGUUUCACCAUUUAAUAGGCCAAAUGUUACCGGCUUUUCUUUUUUAAUUUCCCUUUUUUUUUCUGUAUUUUUAAAGAAGGAUAUUCAUUUUUGACAGUGCAUUUAAAAAAUCAAAGCAGGGGGACAUGCAAAAACAAUCAUCCACUUGGAUGUCAUUUUAUAGAUGAACACUGUGUGCUUUUGUACAAACAAGCGUGCAAUUUAAUAGUGUAAGAGAAGAAGAUAUAUAUUUGUUUGCACUCAUGCGGAACAGACGUGGCCGCGCAGAGGCUCACGUUUCUCUGUGACGCGUCAGCGCGUGCGUGUGCUGUGCGUGAAGGACCGCCGUUUGAACCGCCGCCUCUGCCCCCGCCCCGGGUUGGCCUGUGAACUGUUGGCUGGCGCCCUGUGGGGCAGCGUUGUGUCUGACCCACAGCAGACUCUGUGUGCGCUGUGGGCCUGGUCUCGCUAACAGCGACUCCCCAGCCGUGGGUCUUGCUCUCGGUUUGCCCCUUCCCGGAGACCCGGCAGGGAGCGGCGUGCACACUGUAUCGUAUCCGGUUUUGAGACUGAAAGCGUAGGGUCUGUUGAAGUGCACUGCAUUGCUAUAUUUUUGUAGAUAUGUAAAAUUCUUAAUAAACUGUUAAAUCACUUUCUCUUUGUGGUAUGCAGAUGCUUAUAUCAUUCUGUAUUUUUUCUGGACGUUGAACAGUUAACAUUUAAGCAUUCCUCCUACACUUGUGUUGUCUUGGGUCAUAGGGUUUCACUGUCAGUGGAGUCAGCCUGAACACACACGCACACACACACAGACACGCACACACUUCCUUGGCACUUCCGAACUCGCGAUCUUCCCGAGUGAUGGAACACUUUACCAGCAGUUAACUUCCGCCCCUCAAAGUGUCUCUCAUCUUUUUGUCUGAAACCGAUUCGUGGCAACAUAUGUAAUAAGUGUAAUGAAGUGAGCUUUUGGAAAUGUGAAAAAAUUCACUGUGCAAUUCAUAUGUAAGCAAUAAAAAAAUCAAAAUA